AUUGCUCACUGACUAAACGAACCAGGCAUGAGCUGUACUAAUCUGACUGGUCAUCAGGAUGCAAAUUUGCAGAUUGCAGUUUGAAAUCAAGAAUUUAUGAAUCAAAUACCAUUCACCAGCAGCAUACUCACAUUCGCAAUCACAUGCACAGUCAGAAACUUUUCUCAGAAUGUGAGUUUUAGGAGGAAUAAUCUCAAACAGUAUGUGACAGCUUUUUCAAGUUUCAGCUGGAAGCAUUCAACGAAGUUGGAUCUACAUUCACUGCGUGCGAGAACAUUUUACUCUUGCUCAGAAACUGUUGAAAUACAAAACAGACGAAGCCUAAUUAAUACCCCUCAAAAGUGGGCAUAUUCAUCACAGUUUAUAAGGACUGCAUCACACUGGGAGAUGGCGGCGGACAAGGCAAAAUUACGCUUUUUGAAGAACAGGGAAAAGAGAGCUCAGCUAGAUAAAGCACCGCAGCAGAGUUCCGUUGUGUCACUGCAAAUUAUAGGAAAUGGAUCCAUUGACUGUCCUCCCUCUGUGCUUGUCAUCUCUGAUACUUCUAGAUACCUUUUCAACUGUGGAGAAGGAACCCAGAGGCUGCUAAUGGAGUGUGGGACAAGGAAUCUAUCCAAACUUGAACACAUAUUCCUCACCAGAAUGACAUGGGAGAAUGUUGGUGGAGCAAUAGGGAUGACCAUCACGCUGAAGAAUAUUGGAAUUCCACAAGUGACAAUGUAUGGACCACCAAACAUGGAAGAAUUCAAGAAAGCGCUUCAAAUAUUUGCAAAGCACGAGGCCAUUGACAUCAAUCUAAAACCAUACAGUGAAGGACCAUUUAAGAAUGAAACCAUGGUUGUGACUACUGUUCCUCUGUUCUCAACGAAUAAUGAAUCUACAGCAGAAUCAACUGAAACCGAACAUGCCCAAGAGGAUGAUGGCUGCCCUGAAACCAGUGAUGGGGAGGAUGAUGUCUCCCUAAUGCCAGAUGAUGAUCUAGGAAUCAAAAGGAAAGCUGCAGGCCCAUUGGAUGUGAUAGCUGACAUGAAUGUAAAGCCUCAAAAUAUGGGUUCCUCUGCUAAGAAGAGGAAAACGGAACGACCACCAGACAUGACUAUUGCUUAUAUUUGCAAGUUACAUGAUAAACCUGGAAAACUAUUGGCCCAGAAAGCUGUUCAGAUGGGUCUCAAACCGAAUCUUCAUUUUGAGCAUGUGAAAUCUGGUAAAUCUGUAACACUGGAUGAUGGUAGAGUGAUAAAAGCUGAAGAUGUCUUGGGACCAGUUACACCCGGUCAAGUUUUUAUCGUUAUAGAAUGUCCAUCGGAAGAUUUUAUUGAACCAGUUGUUAGCAGUGACGCUUUCAAUGGUUAUUUUGGUGGUUGUGGUGAUGAUACAGCGAGUUUGGUCCUCCAUAUGUGUCCUGAAGAGGUCUUGAAGGAUGAAAGAUAUCAACAAUGGAUCAGCAGAUUUGGAACCGAUACAGAGCACGUAAUCUUCAACGAGUCGUGUGAGAGUCUGAGGUUAGACGCCAGCAGAGGGCAACAGACAUUACUCAAUCAGAUCCACGAAGGCAUCUUUCCUGUUCUACCAAGUCACUCGUUAAAAGCCACACCCACACCACCACAGAUCAAGAUCAAUGGUAGCAAAUCAACUGUUAAGUUGGAAUAUGCAGAGAUCUACAAUAAACUUCACCUCAAGCCUGCUAAAGGAUGGGAAAGAGACUUCAUAAUAUCUGAAGACAAACAGAGAUACCUGAAUGAGCUGGGACCGUUGAAGGAGUUCCAGGAGAGUCUGAAGACACUCAAAGCUUCACCAGAAAUGAAUGGCCAUACUGAGUCAAUGGAUCAGAAGUACCCUGAGGUCCUCUUCCUAGGUACAGGAUCAGCCAUGCCAAACAAGGCUAGGAAUGUCUCUGGGAUCCUUCUGAACUUCAGUGAGAACAAGUCGAUGAUCAUGGACUGUGGAGAGGGAACGUUUGGUCAGCUGUGUCGUUACUAUGGUGAUAAGGUCGAUGAUGUCAUAGCUAGUAUCCAGUGUAUCUUCAUCUCUCACAUCCAUGCUGACCAUCAUGCUGGGCUUAUAAAUCUUCUGAAACAUUGGAAGAGAGUUACAGAUUCUGAUGAUUCUGGAAAUAAUCUGAUCUUGAUUGGUCCAAAGAGGAUGUUUAUCUGGCUCAAUCUAUUUAAUGCUCACUGUGAAUCAUUCAUCAAGAGGACCAGGUUUGUUGAACUAGCUGACCUGAACAAUAACCAACAAGGCGAGAGAUCUCGACAUGAAGCUUCUCUGUUGUCAAGGUUUAAUCUCAAAGAGUUCAAUACAGUGUAUGUAAGGCAUUGUGCUCAUGCCUUUGGAGUAACCCUCACCCAUCAAGAUGGCUGGAAGAUGGUCUAUUCUGGAGACACCAUGCCCUGUGAUAACCUCAUCAAAGCAGGAAAAGGAGCCGAUUUGUUGAUUCAUGAAGCGACGUUAGAGGAUGGUAUGGAAGAAGAGGCAAAGAAGAAAAGACACAGCAUGAUCUCUGAGGCCAUAGAAGUCGGCCAAGCCAUGGAGGCGAAGUUUCUUCUCCUAACUCAUUUCAGCCAACGCUAUCCCAAGGUACCUCUCAUCCAGACAUCCUCGACCAGCAAGAUAGGAAUCGCUUUUGAUAAUAUGAGAGUUUCAUUCUCAGAGCUGGACCUGCUUCCUAGAUUCCUUCCGACCCUCAAGUACCUCUUUGCAGCCGAGAUACAGGAACUGGAGGUCCUCAGAGAAAAGAAGGCAGAGAAGAAAGGGAUCAACAAACAAAAAGCAAACAAGGUGCAACCCACAUCGUGACAUAUGUGAACGGAACCGACUUGCUCUCUGCAUCUAGAACUUUCAAAGUGAUCGGAAGUGCGCUGUACUCGUGUCAAAUGUUUCCAACGAAAUGUACAGGACAGUAGUUGAGUGAAUGUAAAUUGCAGCAGCUAUCCCACUAAUUUACAUUUAUUCUCAGAGAUGGACUUGCCCCUGCGAUGAUUCCUUCCGACCCUUCAAGUAUCGCAGAGGUCCUCAAAGAAAAGAAGGCAGAGGAGAAAGGGAUCAACAAGCUAACAAGGUACCACACGCGUCAUGACAUACGUGAACGGAACCAACGUAUGCCUGCUAUCUGCAGGUAGAACUUUCUAAGUGAUAUUAUUGCAGAGAAGAAAGGGAUCAACACACUACAAGCAAACAAUGUAUCAACCACAUCAUGACAUACAUGUAUGUGAACAGAACCAAUGUUUACUUGCUAUCUGACUCAAAAUGUCAAUAUGAUAUCAAAAUUUGUUUUUGAUGAAGCUUGGAAAAUGUGAAACUAGAAUUUCUCACCCUGUAUCAAGAUUCAAAUUGAUUGUCUGGUAAUAAUUCUACACCAGAUAACUUUGAAAUUUACCUCUUAACCCUAUCUAGCCGAUAUUUUCGCCGUGCAAAAUUUUUUGACCAGGCCGCUUACUGACUUUUUAUUUUCAAGUCUUGUGCAACUUUUUAGACCAAUUUUGCAUCGCCCGCGUACGUGGUUCCGAAAUUACACAACAUUAUGUAACUGCAUGUCAGACCAAAAAUUGCUCAAAAACGUGAUUUUG